AUGUUUGAUCACGAUAGCCUUGGAGAGAGCUCAGCAGUAGGAGUUAUGGGAGUCAUUCUCAUCAUUUCAUCGAUUAUAGUUCUGCUCCAAAUGCUCCAUCAUAAGAAGCAUUUCGUAUAUGCGCCAGCUCAGAAAAGAGUAUUGAUUUUACUUAUGACUCCACUCGUAAUAGGCUGAUCGUCAUGGGUAUGCCUUCUGGUCGGCUCGAAAAUAGCUCCUAUUGACUCAUUGAUAUCAGCAGACAGAGCUCUUAACAUAUGAGCCUUUAUGACAUACAUCGAAAAAAUGCUGGGAUUUGCUAUCGAACAAGAUCAGGCUGUAUUUUCAGAAGAAAGAGCGGCAAAACUACUAAUGAAGCAAGAGAAAGCAUCAUUUUGCUGUUGUGAGAAGUAUCACAUUACAACUGAAUCUAAGGCUCGAAGCUAUUUGAGAAGAAUUAAAUUUGGAGCAUACCAAUAUAUUUUUGUUUUGCUUUGUGUCGUAAUCAUAACUAUUAUUCUUGCGGCUACAAGGUAUAACAGUUACUCAAUUGAGCAUGGGUCAAAUGGAGUGAUUUGGCUUACAAUCGCUAAGUCAGCAAGCAUGGGACUGGCAAUAACGUAUACUUUGCUGUUUAUAUCCUUUGUCAAAAAAAUCCCAGAAAUGAAAUAUCUAAAUCUUCGUUCAAAAUUUGUAGUCACUCAAUUUGCAUUGCAGCUUACUGUUAUACAGCCUUACACUUAAUUAGCUUAUAUGAAACUCGCCGUAAUUCCCGAAGGACUACCUUCACUCCUUAGCACUUCUCUCGGUUGCUUACCACCAAUCGUAACACGACCUUCAAAGAGUUGCUCCUACUGGACUAGGAUUUGCACUCGUUACCCAUAGUUGGAUGAGUUGCACUAGCUUGCAGUACGUCAACAGAGUCCAUUCCGAAAAUUCGAAAAGCGAAUUUUCUUGUAGGAUUGUUGGCCAAAAUGGAAAUCCAAAGCUUUGGUCGUAACGCCCAGUUUUACGCUAGGGAGUUGCCCGAUGAACCAAGUGGAGUGCUUUACUUUGCUGAGCCUCCCCUUUCCAACUUUGAAUUCCAUCUUCCCUGAGGUACAAAACCUGGACCAGAACAAGCUCCAGCCGGCCUAUUCCAACGUUGCGCUUGACUGCGCCAAGUAAAACCUAGCUGAAUAUACUUCACUGAGUGCCAACUUCCCUUCCACAAGGUCCCCACUCCUUUCGGGCUCGCGGCCAGGUGUUGAGAAAAAGGGAUGGUUCGUCAUCGCCGUUUUAAUGUAUAUUACUGUUAUACAGCCACUAAUAAUAACUUUAUUUGCUACAGAAGAUUUAAUAAUCAGCACCGAUAUAGAUAGUGUGGAUAAUAUAACAAGCUGGACAAGCAAUUUGCUUUUAUGCAGUGAAAUGAUCAUUUUCACCUUUUUGCAGCUGAUGAUUUAUCCAGUAUCUGAUUAUAAUUUAGAAUUAUUAGCUAAAUCAACAGGAAAAGUUACCGAAGAGCUUCAAGAUCGCGAAAAUUUGGUUUGUGAAUCACAAUAA